AUGCAUUUUUUUACCUCUAAUUUAAAUAAUUCUGGCGCAUCCCAGAAAAUCAAAGUAUAUAAAGGUUCAAAGGGUAGUACUAGCAGUGGAAGUUGAUACUUUACGUGCGGCCCUUUUUUUAUUUUCUUGUAAUUAGUUGUUCCUUUUUGAGGCAUUUAUGUCAAUUACGCUGUGGAGUUGAAAAAAUAAUUCUAAAAUAGAAGUUUUGGUUUUUGUUGAAUUUCUGUCGUUGAAAGUUGAGUUCAUGAUGCUAAUUUGUGGCACAGGCACUUGAUAGUUAUUGGUUAUUGAGAGAAAAUAAUUCUAAAAUAAAAGUUUUGGUUUUUGUUGAAUUUCUCUCAUUGAAAGUUGAGUUCAUGAUGCUAAUUUGUGGCACAGGCACUUGAUAGUUAUUGAUUAUUGAGAGCAAAUUGUUUAAGGCAUUAAUGGGACAAUGAAUCAAAACCGUGAAUGUGCGUUUUUUAUCUAUUUUGGAGCCAUGUGAGAGUUCACAUGAUGCCAGUGUAGAUGGGCCAGAUGAAUGAUGCCCUGCUAGUUGAGUUGCCUUCUUUUUGAAAACUGAGGCUUCUGAUUAUCCUAGGGAAUAUGAUGGUGCCUGCCUUCAAAUGAGAUUAUCCUACAGCCCUGCCGCUCACCUUUUUCUUUUUCUUGUCCAAUGGACUGGCUUUCACCUAGCUGGUGCCUUGGGAUUGCUUAGAAUUCUUAUAUACAAGACUUAUGAGGAUGGAAAGACAACCAUGUCUAUUUAUGAAAGAAAGGCUAGCAUAAGAGAGUUUUAUGGGGUGAUAUUUCCUUCUUUAAUGCAACUUGAAAGAGGAAUCACUGAUGUAGAAGACAGAAAGCAAAAGGAAAUUUGUGCAAAGUACAAAAAGAGAGACGAAAUGGACAAAGGAAAGCUCUCUGAAAUUGAUUUAGAAAGAGAGGAAGAAUGUGGUAUUUGCAUGGAGAUUAAUAGCAGGGUUGUAUUGCCCAAGUGCAAUCAUGCAAUGUGUAUGAAGUGCUAUCGAGAUUGGCGUACGCGCUCUCAAUCAUGUCCUUUCUGUCGAGACAGUCUCAAGAGAGUCAACUCAGGUGACCUUUGGAUCUACACCAGCAACAAUGAGAUCAUUGACUUGUCUUCAAUGACUAGACAGAAUUUGAAAAGACUGUUCAUGUACAUUGAUAAGUUGCCACUCAUUGUUCCUGAACCAAUGUUUGUUUCUUACGACCCUCGUUACCGGUGAGGGUCUGGAGAAGUUUGCAUAAAGUUCCGGUUGCUUGUAUAUGAUUCUUGCUUCCCCUCAUUCAGCAGCACACAUUUUAACAUUGUAUAUAUACCUUCUCAUUCUUAGCACGGUUUGGUUGCUAUGAUUUUAGAAAUUUAUUUGUCAAGUAAAAGUUAGAACU